AGAGUGUUCCAUCACACACUAGAACCAGUAUUCACACUUUGAAUUUGGAAAAUAUAGACUCAACAUAACAAAAGUAAAAUAAAGCUACAAAAAAUGGAUGCCGAUGAAAGUUUCCUCAAAGUGCGUUCGCUUCUAAUGGAUGUAUCCAAGCAGUUGGAGGACAUGCUGAAUGCCAACAAAAUGGACACUGGAACCAAGGGUAAGGAGGAAAAGCCCCCGGAAGUGGAUCCGUCCAGAAAUGUUACAGACACCAAUUUUCUGAUCUUUGCUCGUGAUAUUCGGAAAAAGUCUUUAAAGCCUACGAAAAAGAAUCUAAAAAUGUCAAAUGUCAGUCAGACCUGCUUUAUGCGGCAGAUUGAUGUCACGCCUGAGGAGCGUUUAGAGGCCAGAUGUGAUCGUGAACGUAUUGCCGAUAGUUUUCGCCGUUUGGGAAACGAGGAAUAUCGGCGUGCCAGUUAUGAAAAAGCUAUUCAGUAUUAUUCGAAAGCUAUUCAAUAUGUGGCUGAUUCUCCAGUUCUAUAUUGCAAUCGAGCUCUGGCCAAAAUCAAGAAAAGAGACUUCAAGUUGGCCCUAUUCGACUUGGACUUUGUGAUAUUUAAACUAGAUCCGAUUCAUAUGAGAGCCUGGCUAUAUAGGGGUGGGGCUCUGCUACGGCUAAACAAUGAUUCGGAAUCCCAGAUUGCCAUUGCCAAUGCGCGACUUUUCAAUAGAGGCAAGAAGGAACAAAAGUAUAUUGAAUACUUUGUGGAGAAACUUCGCUCGGAGUUCUAAGACUGGCAACUAUUUUUAAUUUUAUGUAUUUUUUGGAUCCACGGGCUAUAUAGUAUUUUAAAUCAAUUAUGUUGUAAUUCUUGCACGAAAUAAUAAAAUUGCAU